GAGUGUUCUGCCAUAUUUUCUACCUUUGUGUGUACUGGCUAGACCCCUGUAUGUACUGUACCAAAGAAUUAACGGACCUGAGGACAAGAACUGUACAGUCUCGUUGUCCCUGGCAGUGGUGUUCAGCUACUUUGUGCAUAGUAUAGAUGUGAGUAGUUUUGAUGUGACUACCAGAACCUCCUGGAUUCUAGCUGUCCUACAAUCCCUCUUCUCCCUCCUAGCAACCUUCCAGCAUGUUUUUAGGCCUCUACUUUGCUUUGUCCUGGAUAUAGAUCUACGGAAGGAUUUUGUUGUUCGUCUCAGCGGACGAUCUAAAAACGUCUACCAGUCCGUACAGCAGUCCAGUGUUGUAUAAUUCAAUUCUCUUCUGACGAAGAUAAGAGGAAUUCGUCCAUGAACAUACAAGGUGUCCCAUUAAACAUGGGAACUAAGUGACGACUUUUAAAUCGUCUUCGAUCCAUGCGGAAUUUUUUCAUGAACACAAUUAUUGUAGUAUUCCAGUUUAAACACAUCUCAUAUCGAAAACACCUGGUCUUGAGAUUUUCAAAGUUUGGUCUACUAUUUUUGUAUAUUCGAAAUUGGCGGAGAUAUAACAAACUAUUUGCAAAUUUCAAUUUAUUUAAUAAAUCCAAUUUGUCUUAAUAUCUAACAUAUUCUUCAUUUUAAGACACGAGAUACAAAAAGCUUGAAAGACGUACAGCUUCGUUUUUAUAUUUUCUUUAACUAUGCAUUAAUUAUCAGAAAUCUAAGACGACUUUCAAGUCGUCUUUUAAUUCCCAUGUUUAUAGGAACACCUUGUAAAUUGUUGACGGUUCCUAGAUGGUCACUGUAAGAGUCCUAUUGCUUAAAUUGUAAACUAAGGACAUUUUUCCCGGGGGGGGGGAAGUUGUGCCAACCCCCCAGUUUCUGCAUGUUCUUUGAACCCCCCCCCCCAUUUUAGUGCAAUUUAGAAAUUAACACAUAUGAAACAUAUAGAGCCCUAAUUAAUACAUUUUUUAUCAUUCUCCUUCUCCUGAAAGAGUAAAACCAUGAACCUUAAAAGAUUUCGGAGUGCUCCAAGUUGCUUGUAUAUAAGCAAUUUUUUUGGAGAUUUUACUUGUUUUUUGUUCUUAAAUUUCAAAAUCAGCGUACCGAUCUCAAAACGUAUUAUUGGAAAGAUAUAAAUUUAGAAGAAUUGUAAAAAGUAUUUAUUAUUCAACGAUCUGAUCGAGUGACGAAUCUUAAAUUUAAAUGUUAAAAUCGGUUGAAUAAUAUUGUAUUUUGUUAGCUUUAAAUGUCAUGCUUUGAUUUUAUUCAAUUUCUCAAAAAUUACAAAUCCAAACUAUUUUUUGCAAUAUCAAAAAUAUGACAAAAAUUAUAAAGGAACUGAGUUUUUGUCACAAACUCUACUUCUCUAAUCUCUAUAUCUUUGUU